AUGAUCCGCGCCACUUUUGGGAGGCCCCUGGGCGGCGGCAGCCAACUUGAACCCCGGCCGACGGUCCAUUUUGACAGGCGCAGCGGCAUGCACACCGUUUUCGGCGAGCUGACGGCGGCGCUGCUGGAUGGCGACGCGCCGCGCGCCGCCGAGCUCGCCGCGCGGCUGCCAGCCGUGCGCCCCGCCUACUUCCACCCCCGCGACAUGAUCGAUCUGAUCGUGCACCUGGCCCCCGCCGCAGCCGAGCGUCGCCCCCAGGUCGCGGCGGCCGCGAGAAGCGCCCUGAAAGGCCUCGAGGCCGCCGCGCAACACGACGAAGCUGUCGCCGCCAGCCUCUUCAGCGGCGGCGCAGUGCGCGAGGCCUGCGCCGUCCUCCGCGCGCUCGCCGCCGCGCCGCCGCCACCACCAGGGCCGCGGGGUGCCGCAAACGACCCCGCGGGCCCCGCCGAGACGCGCGCGCUGCUGGUCCGGCUGCUGCGCGCCGCUGUCUGCCGCGCGCCGCUGUCCGCCCAUGAGACGCGCGAGCGGAUGGCGCGCGCCGCGCGUUUGAUGCUGGCCGUGGGGGAUCACGGCUGCGUAACUCUUGAAAUCGAGGGUUUGGACGAGUUUUCUGUCUAUGGGAUCAUGACGUUUCUUCCGACCGCGAAAGUCACCCGCCACAACGCGGCGCCCGGCCGCGACAGCAAGGGCCGCGCGUGGCGCUUCCGGGGCCGCGCGUUUGACGGCACAGCGGCCAACGGCGCGGGGCCGGCGGCGGAGGCCGUGCUCGGAGAAGCGGACGGGGCGGUGGCGGCGGCGGCUGAAAUGAUCUGCGGCGGCGGCCGCGGCGACGCAGAUGUGGGAACGGAAGACGACGAGACAGACGCGGUGCUGCUUCUGGCUGGGCUGCUGAGCGCCCAGCUGCCGCCCCACUUGCGCGCCGGCCUGCUGCGCCAGCUGCUGCAGGCGCCGGCCGAGGACCUUGCGGCCGGCCUGGCGCGGUGGUUGGAGGCGCAGAACGGCAGCGGCGGCGGCGGCAGCAGCGGCGGCAGCGGCGGCGAUGACUUUGCUGACCCUGUUCGCAUAAUCGUCAAGGCCGUCGCCAGGGCGUCGCCCGAGGGCGCGGCGGCCGCCGCGGCGCGGCCGGCGCUGGCUGGGUGGGUGCCACAGGAGAGGCUGGUGGCGGCGGCGGCGGCGUGCGCGCGGUGCGGGCGAAGCAAGGAGGACGCCCCCGGCGGGCAGCUGCGCCGCUGCAGCGGCUGCUUCCAGGCGAGCACUGCUGUUGCGCGUUUUGGUAAUCACCCGCGGCCUUCGGCGCAUUAG